AUGGGUAUUUUUUUCUGGACAAAGACCAAAGCAGACGAUCUGGCGGAGAUUUUGCCUGACACGCCGGCCAAUGAGCCGGAGAUAGCCGACUACAGUACCGUGAACUCGGUCAAGUCGUCCAAGACGCUCAGACGAAGGGGCACUCUGAGACGGUUUUUCAGCGUGAAGCGCAAGAAGCAGGAGCUUGAUGCGUCCGAAACCAGCGACACAGCGGCAAACAGCAUGGUGAGCUCGCCCGAAUUGUUCAACGGAUCGUAUAUGUCGUUUGAUGAGUCGCGAACUAACCAGGCCAGCGCGUUCUCAGAUACACUUGAUCAGGAACAAGGGCCAGAGGACAACGAGUAUCCGCAUCUACGGCGGAACCGCAAAAAGGACACCACAUCGAACUAUCUGACGAUCAAGCGGCCAGACAACAAGCAGGAGCAGAAGGUUUCGGACAAGCCGCUGCCGAUCCAGCAGAUGUUUGAGCAGGAGUUUGCAAACGAGGGUAACGAGGAGAAUCUCGUGGUGCAGGAGACAAAACAGGAGAAAAAGGGACUUCGUCGGUCGUUGUCGCGACUAUUUAGCAAAAAGGACAAAGCCAAAGCCCACGAUAAGCUCGAAACAGGGUCGUUAUACCGUGACCAGGUGGACCCGUUGCCCAACUUCAAUUUCCGGUCGUUGAGACUGAACGACACUAUAAACAACAUCAAUAGAAGACCGGACUCGCCCAACCUGGCGAACGUGACCGUUUUCCCGGCCAGUUCAAAGAUCAUGACCAAUUUCGGCGUCGAGUCCGAGUCCAGCACGCAGUUCGAGGCGUUCGAGGUGCAGAAACCCAACAAGCUGCACCUGAACUCGGUCUGGAACGUUUGGGGCGAGUUUGCUUCCAAAAAAGACGAGGAUGGGGGCAAGUUGCGGAACCGGGUCAUUGAUAAGGUGUGGAAGACCAAACAGCUAUUAAAGAUUCUUGACAGCUGCGACGAGCUGUUGCUGUCGACAGAACCACCAGAAACUACCGGGGAGUCAAGGGUCCAUUUCUUCAAGUUUGGGCUUUCUCCACGAUACAGGAAAGAGCCGCUUCUGUACAACAGUGGUCGAGUGGUGAUCCGCAUUCCAAGCGAAGAGAUCGAGAAGGUGUGGCGUUCAGUGCUGGACGUUGUUCUAAAAGAGAAGCUGCUCUGGAGCAAUCUCGACAACAACAUUGUUGGAAUCUCGUGGAAGAAAGUGGCCACCAAGGAGGAGUACAAUCUGAUCUUAUGGCUGACGAAAGAAGGGUUUGACUACGAAAGCGUCUCGUCGCUGAUGAACGAGGUGAUGCUUCUGGUGACGGAUGAGUUGAAACCGCUGUUCACCUACUCAAAAUACUACGUCAACGCUAAUCACACUUAUCAUGCAAUUGAUCUGAAAGAAAUUAGAUGA